CGCCGGCCCCUGCCGCCUCUUCCUCCACCCUCCUCCUCUUUCCUCGUCUCCGCUCAUUCAAAGGAUUCCCCCCGGGAUCCUUGGAAAGGCACUCCUGACCACGCGGAAGGUGCCUGAUGUUCCCACGGCGUCGCUUGACGCCUUGGAUCCGGCUCGCUGCUUAUCCACCUCAGGAGUGAUGCUUCCAGCUCCGUGGCCUUCCAGAAGAGGCUGCACCUGAAAGUAGUAGGAGGGAUGAGCAGCGUCGCCCCUGGACGUCUCCUGGCAUAGUUCACGCGGCAAGAGACAGCCCUGUCCUGGAUUUCCGAGCUGGUUGUCUUCGCUAAAGGCAAAGAGGAUGUCUGCCUCCCUCAGCAGCCAGGCUGUGGUCACCCACGUCCUGGUGGCCCUCUUUGGAAUGGGCUCUUGGGUCUCCGUGAACUCCCUGUGGGUGGAACUCCCCGUGGUGGUGAACCAGCUGCCGGAAGGCUGGAACCUCCCUGCCUACCUGACUGUCCUCAUUGCCCUGGGAAACGUGGGCCCCGUGAGCGUGACCCUGGCCCACCACUUUGCGCCCGGGCGGCUGAAGGAGCAGUGGCUGAUCCACGCCAUCCAGGUCUUGGCCAUCGGGGCUGCUCUGUUCCUGGCCCUCUUCUGGGCCCACACGGCUGUGGUAGCGGGUGAGCUGCACAGCGUCGGGUUCCUGGCCUUGGCCUUCGUGCUGGCCUUGGUGUGCUGCACCUCCAACGUCUCCUUCCUGCCCUUCAUGUACCAGUUCCCCCAGCCGUUCAUCCGCACCUUCUUCAUCGGUCAGGGCCUCAGCUCCCUCCUGCCCUGCGUGCUUGCCUUGGGCCAGGGCGUGGGGCAGCUGGAGUGCCUCAACGGCACGCAGCCGCACUACCUGGAGGAGAACUUCUCAGCCACCACCUACUUCUGGCUGCUCCUCGCCCUGCUGGUGGUCUCGGCGCUUGCCUUCCUGGCUCUGGUGGUCUGGCACAAGCAGCGGGGCGCUCCGGGGAAGAGCUCUUCCAAGCACAGCGUGGGGACCGAGGAGUCCUUCCCACUGCAGGCUGACGCCACGCCCACCUCUGACGCCCCCACGGAGAACGUCGCUGCAGGAGAUUCUGCCGGCCCUCCGGAGGCGGAGGAGGCCGCCGCCACCGCUGCCGCCACCGCCGCCACCUUCUGGACCAGGAGGAACAUCUACCUGCUGGUGCUGCUGGGACUCUCCAACGCCCUGACCAACGGAGUCCUGCCUGCCGUGCAGAGCUACUCCUGCCUGCCGUACGGGGUCUUGGCCUACCACCUGUCUGUGGUGCUCAGCAACAUUUCCAACCCUGUGGCCUGUUUCUUCGCCAUGUUCCUGCUGUGUAGGUCGGCGCUGGGCCUGAGCAUCAUCUCCGCCGUGGCGUGUGUGUUUGGGGCCUACCUGAUGGUGCUGGCAGCCUUCAGCCCCUGCCCCCCGCUGGUGGGCAGCUCAGUCGGCAUCGCCUUGGUGGUGAUCUCCUGGAUCGUGUUCAUGGGCCUCUUCUCCUACUUGAAGGUGGUGGUUGGCAGCCUGCUGCACGAGGCCGGCCACAGCGCCCUGGUCUGGUGUGGGGCCAUCAUCCAGGCGGGCUCGCUGGUGGGGGCCCUUGUCAUGUUCCCCCUCACCGGCAUCUACAACCUCUUCCUCAGUGGGAAGGACUGCGUGGACAGCUGCGGGGCGUGAGCUUCGCUGGCGGCGAGAAGGACCCCAAGCAGGCUGGCUGCCGCCGAAGCUUCGGGCAAGCACUUACUCCAGCCUCUAAGGCUGCCUCUCUUCCGUGGCCGCGUUCCACGACUGCCCUUAAAGUGGCCUUUGCUGCAGGUGGGGAUUCUCUGACCCUUUUCGAGUUCCAGCACCACUAAGGAACCAUUCCAAGUUGGCUGUUGGCUAGCUCUGCUGCACUGCCAGUCUAGAAGAGGAAGGUGUUCCUCCUCUUCCUCUUCCUCCUCCUCCUCCUCCUCCACCACCACCACCACCACCACGACUUCCCUCCUGUGACGCUGCCGCUUUGCCCAGGAGCCCUUUCCUCCUGCCUGCCUGCCAAGAAUGGCUUCCUGGGCCCCUGCGCUCUUUUGCCUUGCGUGGGGUGGAGCGGUCUGCCGUUCCAUCUGCGGCCUGGGCAAGCAGAGGGUGGCUAGCCCCCACGUCCCACAGGCUGAGCCAACACAGCGCUGUUCAGGGACGUGGCUCCCUCAGGUCCCUGGCCGUCUGCCUUAAGGAAGUGUGCGCACAUGCGCAGCCGCGCCCCUUACAUGGCUACAGCUGCUCUCCUCUGCAGAAGCCCCUUGGUGGCACAAGCCAGGUGGGACCAUAAGGGGGUAAGACGCAUCCUCUCUGUGCAGUGAUCCAGCUGCACCUCCCUCCCUCCCUCCCUCCCUCCCUUCCUUCCUUCCUUGAGGGGCUGCUUUGACACAAGCGAGGGGGAAUGUUGCACCUGUCCCCUCCUCCCUCUUGCCGCCAUGCCUGAACAGCAGAGUUCUCUUUAGCCUGGGACCAAAGCCGCUGAGGGUAGGUGGUUCCCUGUCCGGGAAUUAGGCAGAUGCCCUAUUCUGGGCGGGGUUGCCCUCCCCCUGAGGGAUCAGGUGUGUAGUUAGGGGAUACUCCUCAAACCGUCUUUGUUGCUGGAGGCUCAGGUGGACACUGGGACCAGGAACACCUUUUACCGUCUAUGGUAGGUCUGCCAGGUGUGGAUCUUCUGGAUAGGGCUAGACUGGCCAGAAUGAUCCAUGCAUCAGUAACCUCAGGGAUGGAUUGCUGCAAUGCGCUCGAUACGGGGCUUCCUUGGAGACUGGCCUGGAAGCCACAGCUGGUGCAGAAUUCCAUGGUUAGGUGGCUGAGCGGGGCAGUCUGGCGCAAGCAUGCUAUGCCUGUGCUCAGAGAACGGCAUCGGCUAUGUUACCGGGCCGGAUUCGAGGUGAUGUUGUUGACAUAUAAGGCCCUAGGUAAUUUGGGACCAGGUUUACCUGAGGGAGCACCUUUGCCAUACCUGCCCGUUUAUUGAGAUCCACAGAUUGGGGCUCCUGGUUGUGCCUUUGCCUGUACAGGGACCUCCGGUGGCAGACGGGGCCGUGUCUGUGGUGGCAACCCAGGCCGCCGGGACUCUCUUCCCCACCGCAGUGGGACUGGGACCAACCUUGACGGUGUUUAGGUGCCUGUUAAAAUGUACCUGUUUAACUAGGUGUUUGCUGAUUUUAAAUGUUUUCUCUUGGUAUAUUUUCUGUUUUUAUUUUAAUGGUUCCAAAGUAUUCUGUACAUCGCACUGUGAUUUCGUAGUGAAAGGCAGUACAUAAAUAUUUUAAAUAAAUAAAUACAU